UCCCCAGCCACCGCCCCAACCUUUUUGUUUUCCCCAACGAGCGGAGAGGAAGAGAGAAUGCGAUCAGCAACCUUAGUCGACAACUUUAUGAGCUUGACAAAUGACAAAGUACGUCGGUGGCAAAGGAACGUUGAUGGUGAGGAGGACGAGGUCAAGUCAAGGGUUUCGAUGGAGGACAAUGGUCAAGUGGGCCAAAGCAUGGCCGACAAGGCUGGUCGAAGGGAAAAGAUUGAGUCGGUGAAUCGGGAGUAUGCUUUACCUAAGUCGGGUAACAUGGAUAAUCAGGUGAGUGUAAAGGGG